UUUGGAAAGUUUUCUACGUGAGAAAAUGCAAUAGAAAUUUCCCUAUUUUACAGUGAAACAGUAGUACUCCGCCCUUAGACAGUGCCCCAAAGUGUCUUGACAUCACCUGCGAUGGCGAGUACAUCGAGAUGCGACAUUUCCAACAAGGUGGUGUGCUAUGCGCACCCAGAGGCGCCCCUUAUCGAGGACUACAGGGCCGGAGACAUGAUUUGCUCCGAGUGCGGACUAGUCGUGGGCGAUCGCGUCAUCGACGUGGGCUCAGAGUGGCGCACAUUCAGCAAUGAAAAGUCCGGCGUGGAUCCCAGUCGUGUGGGAGGUCCUGAGAAUCCUUUGCUGAGCGGCGGCGACUUGUCCACAAUGAUCGGCCCAGGAACUGGACCAGCGUCCUUCGACGCUUUCGGGACCUCAAAGUAUCAGAAUCGCCGCACGAUGAGUAGCUCCGAUCGUGCCUUGAUUGCGGCCUUCAAGGAGAUCUCCACAAUGGCAGACAGGAUAAAUCUGCCCAAGACGAUUGUGGAUCGCGCCAACAACCUCUUCAAGCAGGUGCACGAUGGUAAGAACCUGAAAGGACGCAGCAAUGACGCCAAGGCGUCGGCGUGUCUGUACAUCGCGUGUCGCCAGGAAGGAGUGCCGCGCACUUUCAAGGAAAUUUGCGCUGUGAGCAAGAUCAGCAAGAAGGAGAUCGGCAGGUGCUUCAAGCUCACCUUAAAGGCGCUCGCCACGUCGGUGGAUCUCAUCACGACGGCGGACUUCAUGUCGCGCUUCUGCUCGAAUCUCGAUCUACCCAACAUGGUGCAGCGCGCGGCCACGCACAUUGCCAGGAAGGCUGUCGAGAUGGACAUUGUGCCGGGACGAUCGCCCAUUUCGGUGGCCGCGGCGGCCAUCUACAUGGCAUCACAGGCGUCCGAGCACAAGAAGAGCCAGAAGGAGAUUGGCGACAUCGCUGGAGUGGCGGACGUAACGAUCAGACAGUCGUACAAACUCAUGUAUCCGCACGCCGUGAAGCUCUUCCCUGAGGACUUCCGCUUCACCACGCCAAUUGACCAGCUGCCACAGAUGUAGGCACAGCAAGUUGAUGUACAAUUGAUAUACCUUACUUGCAAUAUCCUCUAAAAUUCGUCUUUAUUGGUUCUUCAACCUCUGUUUUCUGAUUUUCGCGAUUAAUGUUAUUUUCUAUAUAAUUUCGCCGCGGAGACGCCGCUCGAGAAGGGAUUCGAUUGAGUGUGUUUAUGAGGCACUCACUGUGGAUUUGAUGUAGUUGCGUAAAUGUUUUAUGUAUUGAAUUUGAAGGAAUCAUCAAAAUUUUACAGUAGUUGCAAAAUCUUGUUUGAUUUGUCAUAUUAUUUUGAACAUGAACUACACAGAAUACCACAGUGAGAACAUUUAAUUAAGUAAAAAGAAAAAGAUAUCAAAAAGGCAAAGAACAUGAUAAAAACAGUUCAAAAGGUUGCAGUUUAUCUGCUCACAACAAAAUGUUAUUGUCUCCUCAAGAAUUUACACAAUAUGCAUUUAUUAUCUCAAUCGAGGGCCUGCGAGCAGCGCUGUCGCAGCAAUGGAUUCCCUUAGAAGAUAUGAGACACUCCUUUUUCCGUACACCUGAAUUUAUAAGAGCGAAGAUGGAAACUUGUGCGAGCGCGUGUGUGUGUGUGUGUGUGUGUAAAUGAGGCCUUAAAAUUAUUAUUUUCUCAACUGUAAGACAAGAAAGUGAACAGAAACUAUUAAUCGUAUACAUUUUAGUGGUGUUGAAUUGAUGAGAACUCUUUCUAUUAGCUCUUGUAUUUCCUUGAUGGUGAUUAAAGGGACACUUUUGAUAUGCAGUCCCACUAUUUUCAUCCCUCUCCCUUCAGUCACUAUCAUUGACUCUGUGCGACAGUGUGGAAGAGUUUCUUAGAUAUUAAAGAUAUAAGAUUUCAUAUAUAAAUCCUACAAAUUGAGAAAUCAUCUGUGAAAUUGUCCAACAUGAGGUAAAAAAUUUCAAUAAAUGACAUUGGAAACGCA